AUGGUUAAAAAUGCUAGAUUAUCAAUUUCCUUUCAAAAUAGAAAUGUUUUAAUUUUAGUUGAUAAUGCAUCUUGUCAUUAUGAUCUAAACAGUAUUUUACCAACUUCUAAUUCUAAUAAUAAUAGUUAUAAAAAAGAAACUGAAUUAGCAAAAACAUCUGUAUCUAGAAUUAAAAAAACUGGAAUCUUGCUUUCUAUUAAUUAUGAAGAAAUACAAUAUGCAACAAGCUCUUAUAAUACUUUUAGUAAACAAGAAAAUAAUAAUAUUGAGUUGUUAGUUGCUAAUUUGAACUUAUCAGUCCUGCCCCAGGUCUACAAGUAUCUUGAACUUAAUAAUUUGUAUAUUCCUACUGUGGAAGAAUUAAGUGAUACUAAAAUUGUUAAGUUAGUAAUAGCAGAACAGCAGCAUAAAUAA